AUGUCCAACAAUGUCGAAUCUGCCGGUGACAUUAACCAUGUGCCCGACCUUAAUGCCGAGGGUACCACGAUGCCCUAUAAUGAAAAGUCCGUCGUCGACGUAGAGGGUGAAAAAUUUGACAAAGAGGCCCCAAAUGUGACAAAACACACCCGAGCAGGCUCAGGUCAAGAUUUCCAACAAGAGUCGACACUAGAGGAUGCAGCCUACCGAACGGCGUCCACCGUGGCCCCGUCGCAGAGAUCGGCCCGAAGAGAUCCCGUCAGUCGAGUAACGACAGACCCCGAGGGAAACACCUACCCGGAGGGUGGGCUUGAGGCCUGGCUCGUCGUGCUGGGCAGCUUCCUGGGCCUAGUCGGAUCGCUGGGACUGGUCAACACUAUAGCCACGUUCCAAGCAUACAUCCAAACCCACCAACUGAAAGAGUACAGCUCGGGAAGUAUUGGCUGGAUCUUUGGAAUGUUCGCCUUCCUCACAUUCUUCUGCGGAGUGCAAAUUGGCCCCAUUUUCGACGCACGAGGUCCACGCCUUCUUGUCUUUGCUGGUUCCAUCUUUGAAAUGGCAAUGAUCAUAUUGAUCGGCUUUUGUACGAAGUAUUGGCACUUCAUGCUGGUCAUCGGAGUUCUAGGUGGAGUGGGAGCAUCUCUCAUCUUCACCCCCGCGAUCUCUGCAAUCGGUCACUAUUUCUACGAGAAGCGCGGAGUUGCCACUGGUAUUGCUGCAACCGGUGGUUCUGUAGGAGGUGUUGCCUUCCCUCUGAUCCUGGAAAGUCUGUUUCCCAAAAUUGGCUGGGCGUGGGCAACUCGAGUCGUCGCGUUGAUUUGCCUCAUUGUACUGGGAGUUGCAAACCUCCUGAUCAGAUCCCGUUUGCCCCAGAAGCCGUUCUCCAAGGAGAAUGUGCUACCUGAUUUCCGAAUCUUCCGAGACUCGAGAUUUGCACUCACUACUGCCAGUGUUUUCUUCAUCGAGUGGGGUCUUUUUGUACCCAUUAGUUACAUCUCGGUCUAUGCCCUUGAUCAUGGUUUCUCCACUCAAAUUUCAUACCAAAUCAUCGCCAUCCUGAAUGCCGGUUCAUUCUUCGGCCGAUGGCUUCCAGGAUUCUUUGCCGAUUUCCUAGGUCGCUUCAACACUCUAAUUGCGACCGUUGCACUCUGUUUGCUUUGCAACGCUUGCCUCUGGCUCCCUGCUGGAAGCAGCCUCGCACUGCUUAUUGUUUACUCGGCUUUCUUCGGCUUCGCAAGUGGCAGUAAUAUCAGUCUGACUCCGGUAUGUGUUGGCCAGCUUUGCAAAACUGAACACUAUGGCCGGUACUAUGCAACUGCUUACACCAUUGUGAGUUUCGGCACUCUCACUGGAAUUCCCAUCGCAGGUGAGAUCUUGUCGCGCUGCAAUGGGUCUUAUUGGGGCCUAAUAACCUUCACAAUAUGUUGCUAUGCGGCCGGCCUCGCGUGCUGCACCGCUGUGAAGGUCAUUCAUGUCGGCUGGCGCAACCCCCUCGCAGUCUAUUAA